AUGAAGAAUAACUUUGAUCAUUGUUUAAAGACCUUCAUCGCCCUCACCCUCUUGGCAGUGGCCUCUGCUGCUCCCACUGCUGACAAGCCAGAGCCCACCUACGAGCCCCGUUAUGAGCCCCGAUACGCCCCCGCCCCUUACAAGCCAGCCUACAAGCAAACCGCCUAUGAGGAACCUCCCAAGUAUGAGUACCAAUAUGCCGUAGCCGAUCAUUACUCUGGUGCCGAUUUCAACCAGAACGAGGCCCGUGACGGUUAUGCAACCAACGGCGAGUACCGCGUUGUCCUUCCCGAUGGCCGUACCCAAAUCGUGACCUACACCGUUCAAGACAAUGAAUCCGGAUACGUGGCUGAUGUCAAAUACGAGGGCGAGGCUUCAUACCCCGAGGAGAAGCCUUCGUACAAGCCCGCUUAUAAGCCCGCUUACGAACCCGCUCCUGCCUAUGAGGCCUAGAUGCAAGGAAAACUUCAAUAUUUAUCACGAUAUCUAUUCGCAAUAAAUGCACUUGCUUCCAAAACAGCAAAAUCAAAUCAUUCAGGAGAAAAAAAUGCAUGAUCUUCUUGUUGGAAAUAUUUUUAACCUUAAGGUAUAAUAUCCGAUAGAGUUUCCAAAAGUAUGUUAUGAAAUGUAAAUAUGUUUUUACAAGUAACUUUCAUUUUCCGAUAAUUCAAGUAUUUUUGUAUUAUCAAUAAGAAAAUUCCUUCAGCAUGUGGUGGUUAGCUGGUUUUAACUGAC